CAUAGGUUGAUUUUUCUAUCUCUAGGAUUUGAAAAUUCCUAGUUUCUCUGCUUCGCCUGUCUACAGGUUUAUUCAUCCGACUGCCCGAACAAACCUGCUGAGGCGGUGGCUAUGCUCUUGAGCACCGAGGCGGCGGCGGCGGAAUGUGAAGACGCAGAACUGCGGUGCCGUGUGACGGUGGAGGAGCUGAGCCCAGGAGGUCAGCCACGGAAACGCCAGAACUUACGCAUCGCGCAUCUGAGUCUGGGUCGAAACGAGCGCCGCGAGCUCAGGCUGCGGCUGCAGGCUCCGGGGCCAGCUGGGCAACAGCGCUGCUUCCCCCUGCGCACCGCGCGCCUCUUCACUCGCUUCGCCGCGGCGGGGCGCAGCACUGUGAGGCUCCCAGCAGACGCCGCUCCCCGGGCGGGCGCCGUGCAGCUGCUGCUCUCCGACUGCCCCCCGGACCGUCUGCGACGUUUCCUGCGCACGCUGCGCCUGAAGCUGACUGCGGACCCGGGUCCCGGGCCUGCCUCCGCCCGCGCGCAGCUACUCAACCCGCGACCCCGGGACUUCGUCACUAUCAGCCCAGUGCAGCGGGAGGAACUGCGACGUGUGGCAGCCACGCGGGUUCUAGACACCACGCUGGCCAAGCAGCCGAUGGAACCCGGGACUGUGGUCAAACCCAGCAUGGAAGCCCCAAGGUGGCCCCUGCCUGUGAAGAGACUGAGCUUGCUCCCCACCAAGCCACAGCUUUCUGAGGAACAGGCUGCUGUGCUAAGGGUUGUCCUGAAAGGCCAGAGCGUUUUCUUCACUGGGAGCGCAGGGACUGGGAAGUCAUAUCUGCUGAAGCGGAUCCUGGGCUCACUGCCCCCCACAGGCACUGUGGCCACUGCCAGCACUGGGGUGGCAGCCUGCCACAUUGGGGGCACUACCCUCCAUGCUUUUGCAGGCAUUGGCUCAGGCAAGGCUCCCCUGGCCCAGUGUGUGGCUCUGGCCCAGCGACCAGUCGUGCGGCAGGGCUGGCUAAACUGCCAGAGGUUGAUCAUUGAUGAGAUCUCUAUGGUGGAGGCAGAACUGUUUGACAAGCUGGAGGCUGUGGCCAGAGCUGUCCGCCAGCAGAACAAGCCAUUUGGAGGGAUCCAGCUCAUCAUCUGUGGGGACUUCCUGCAGCUGCCACCAGUGACCAAGGGCUCCCAACCCCCUAAGUUCUGCUUCCAGGCCAAGAGCUGGAGGAGGUGUGUGCCAGUGACCCUGGAGCUGACUGAGGUGUGGAGGCAGGCCGACCAGACCUUCAUCUCUCUGCUGCAGGCUGUGAGGCUGGGCAAGUGCUCCGAUGAGGUGAUCCGCCAGCUCAAGGCCACAGCUACCCACAAGGUAGGGCGAGACGGAAUUGUGGCCACAAGGCUCUGCACCCACCAGGAUGACGUGGCCCUCACCAAUGAGAGACGGCUGCAGGAGCUGCCAGGUGAGGUACAUAGCUUUGAGGCUUUGGAUAGCGAUCCUGAGUUAGCCCGGACCCUGGAUGCCCAGUGUCCUGUCAGUCAGCUCCUUCAGCUAAAGCUGGGAGCUCAGGUGAUGCUGGUGAAGAAUUUAGCUGUGUCCAGGGGCCUGGUGAACGGUGCCCGAGGUGUGGUAGUCGGGUUUGAGACUGAAGGGCGAGGGCUGCCCCAAGUGCGCUUCCUGUGUGGAGUCACUGAGGUCAUCCGUGCUGACCGCUGGACAGUUCAGGCCGCUGGGGGCCAACUCCUCAGUCGCCAGCAGCUGCCCCUCCAACUGGCCUGGGCGAUAUCCAUCCACAAGAGCCAGGGCAUGUCUCUGGAUUGUGUGGAGAUCUCUCUGGGAAGAGUAUUUGCCAGUGGUCAAGCCUAUGUGGCCCUUUCCCGAGCCCGCAGCCUACAGGGCCUGCGUGUGCUGGACUUUGACCCCAUGGUAGUUCACUGUGACCCCCGUGUGCUGCACUACUAUGCCACCCUGCGGCAGGGCAGAGACCUCAAUAUGGAAUCCCCAAAUGAUGAAGAUGCAGCCUCAGACCAGGAGAACAUGGACCCAAACCUCUGAGCCUUGGCUGUAAAGAGAAGACAAAGAAUGAUCUCCCCAACCUCUAGCUCCCUAGUGGGCCAAGGUCCCAGGGAAUAACUGGGGGAGGGGGCCAGUGUCCCUCUGUUCCUUCUUGGGGAUUCUCCACCUCCUGGCAGGGCUAAAGGAAGCGAGCUUCCCAACACCUACCAGCUGUGCCACAAUUUGUCCUGAAUAAGCUACUUCCAGGAUCAGAAGUAACCCUUUCUGUGCCAGUUGGGAAUGGGUUCAGUGGUGUCAGAGGACGAAACUUUCGGCAAAGACUAGACAUACAGCCACAGAAUCCUGAAUGUCCCUCCUUCUAGGUUGCAGAAGGGAAAGGCAGCAAAGACAGAUGCUUCAGGGAGCCACAUCAGGCCUCUCCAGCCAGGGUCCAUUUUAUGUUGCUAUAACAAAACACCUAAGGGUGAGAUAUUUUAUAAAGAAAAGAAAGUUUGUUGGUGGGCAUGGUGGUACAUGUCUGUAAUCCCAGCAACUCAGGGAUUACAGGGAGGCUGAAGCGACAGGAUUGCAAGUUUGAGAGCCUCAGCAACUAAGCAAGGUCCUAAGCAAUUUAGCAAGAACCUGUCUCAAAAUAAGAAAUUUUUAAAAGGGCUGGGUAUGUAGCUAAGUGGUUAAGCACUGCUGGGUUCAAUCUCUACUACCAAAAAAAAAAAGAGAGUGAGAGAGAGGUUUGUUUAGCCUACAGUUCUGGAGACUCAAGAGCAUGUUGCCAGCAUCUGCUGAGCUCUGGUAGGUCUUCUUGGCAGAUGAUCAAAUGGCAGGGGGACAUGCUAGCAUGAUCACAGGGCAUGUGAAACAAGAAGCAAGAGAUGGGCCAGGUGAGAUGGGCACCUAUAAUCCCAGCGACUCAGGAGGCUGACCUAGAGCCUGGAUUGCGUGGAGAGCUCUGGGCCGUGUGUUUGCUAGUAGUCAAGCCUGUGUGGCCUUCCCCAGGCCUGCAGGAGUCCAGCUUCAGCAACUUGGCAAGACCCUGUCUCAAAAUAAAAAAUAAAAAGGGCGGGGGAUGUAGCUCAGUGGCAGAGCACCCCUGGAUUCAAUUCCGGUACAAAAAAAAAAGCAAGAAAUGGGGAAGAGUCUGGCUUGCUCUUUUCAUAACAACUGCUCUGGAGGGAACUGAUCCACUCCUCCCACACCUGACUUACUCCUGUGGGACAGCAUUAAUCCACUGAGAGGGCAGUGCCCGCAUGACUUAAUUACCUUCUGCCAUACCUACAUUUUAAAGAUUAUAUCACCUCAGCACCACUACACUGGAGACCAAACUUCCAGUACAUAAACCUGGAGGAGACUCAUACCAGGUACAGGACAAAGAUAGAGAACACAACUUGAGUUAUCUCCACAGCUGGGCUCAGCCUAGCACGGCCCAGAGCAAACACCCUCCUGAGCCUUACCUGAGAACAUACGCCAGUCAAAUGUGUGCCCAUACACACACACACACACACACACACACACACACACACACAAACACACACACACUUAUUUUAGUUGUAGGUAAACACAAUACCUUCAUUUUACUUAUUUUUGUGUGAUGUUGAGGAUCAAACCCAAGGCCUCACACGUGCUAGGCAAGCGCUCUACCACUGAGCCACAACCCCAGCCGUCCAUGUGCCCAUAUUUUAAGGUGCUUUUUGCAGGGGAAAUAGUGUUCUGGGGCACUGAAAUGGUUGUUCCUGGGUUGUGUUUAUUUCAGCA